AUGAUCGUGGGUGAGCUGGGGUCCAUCCAGGCGGCACUCGCCGCGGACCCCGCCGGCUGCCACCUCCCCGCCGCCGCGGCGUCCGCCGCGUGCGCCGCGCAGCUUGGCGGCCAGCAGUGGUGGCAGCAGGCGGCGUGGCAGGGGCUGCAGACGCCCGACGUGUGCGAGAGCUUGGACAUGGGGGAGACGCGGACGGCUUCUGAGGGGCAGGGGGAGGGGCAGGCGCAGCAGCUGGCCUGGGCGCAGCAGCAGCAACAGCAGCAGCAGCAGCAGCUGUUGCAGCAGCAGCAACAGCAGGAGGAGGCGUUACAGCAGCAGCAGCAGCAGCAGCAGCAGCAGGGUUUGAUUUAUGAGCAGCAGCACAUGCCGUUGUUCCAGUUGCCCACCACGCUGCCACCGCAGCAGCAGCCGCCUAUUGCUGCAGACGAGCAGCAACGGCUUGUUUUUGAGCAGCAGCAGCAGCAGCACAUGCAGCACAUGCAGCACAUGCAGCAGGGGCCUCUGCAGGCGCCGCCACCAGGCCCGCACCACAUGGGCGCGCCCUUCGCGCCCGCCCCGCACCCCCAGCCGCUGGGCCCGGCCCUCGACCCCAGCCACCCCCUGCACCGCCUGAUGGCGCCCGCGGGCGCGCCGCCGCGGUGGCGGCCGCAGCAGCUGCUGCCGCAGCACCCCAGGGGGCAGCUGCACCGCCUCGACACUGUGGACUCCAGCCCUGACGCGCAGCCGAACGAGGAGGGCAGCAGCAGCUGCGCGGCGGACGGCGGCCGCCCGGCGGCGCAUGGGCUGUGA